GCGGGUUUCGGCCGCGGGUGUUGGCGUCCGCCCCCGCACCUCCGCCCCCCGGCGCGGCUUUGCCUUUACAGAGAGCCGAGACGUCAGUUCCCGACCUCAGGAAUAACCGGGAGAAUACAGAGGGGAAAUAAAACCCGACAGGAAAAAGCCGGGUUGCGGAUGGGUUUCUCUGAACUCGUCCUCCAAGGGGAGGGGACAGCGACGGCCUAAUUUUAGACAGUGCCCCAGUAUUGCUGUGGAAGUGCAGGUUAGUCGGGAGGGAAAAUAAGGGCUGGAGCAGAAGGAUCGCGGUGCAGGAGAAAAGUCCCUGCUGGCAUGUUCCUCUCGGAGCAACAGAUGGGAGCUGUCUGGUUCGCUGGAGCUGCUCUGUGCGAGCAGCGUUCCAAGGCAGAGCGCUGAUAAAGGGGACUCGCUUUCCUUACCCUGCCCCGCGCACACCCUUCUCUCGGGAUGGUGGGGAUUUGGGACUGCUGACAGGCAGCUACCUCUGGAAUAAAGUGCAGCAGGUAUUCGGGGACAGACGGUGACAACACGGGGCGGCACAGGGACUGCAGGGUCUGGUGUGUUUGAUUGCCAGUGGUGCAACAAGUGCUCCUUAUGCUUCCAGCACGAAACUCUUACCCGCUGUUCAGCUUUUUGUCAGUGCAGAACUCGGUCUGUCAGCUUCAGUCCCAACUUAGGUCCAGUUUUGAAAACACACUUUCAAAUUCUCCAGUGCUAUUUUUUCCUGGAUAUAAUGACAUAAUUACCAGUUACCGUAUAGGAAGGAGCAGUGGAGCAAACAGAAACAUCAGCAGCUGUGAAAGACAAGUGAAGGUCCAGCUCCCUUCUUUGAAAUCAUCGGGGUUUUUUCCUCUGCGUUUUUCCCUGGUGUUCCCACCUGACUUUGGCCACACGGUGGGCACUGUUGUUCGCUAGAGUGAUGGAAAUUCUACGUGCAGUGUGUUAACAGUUUGUGGCACAAAACACGAAGUUUGCACUGGAUGUGGGGGCUUGCUGUGUGCUGCUGGUGUCUGCACAGCCUUCACAGAGGCAGCAUCUCUCUGGACUGCAAGUAACUCAUACUUCAGCUGUUCAGCCACACAGCUCUAAGUUACUGCACGUGCAUUAGAAAAUCCCAGAAAUUCAUUAAUGCAGUGAGCACUCAAAGCAGUGGCUUAAUUCCUUUUUAAUCUUUACGUAUAAGAUAAAUAGAGACCAGCGACUGACUCUUCUAGCCCCAGAGCCAAGGGGCAUCAAAUGAAACUGGCAGGUUCGGAAUAAACCAGAGAAAUGUCUUCACAGAACUGUGGUUCAGCGCUGGAACUCCCUGGCAAGGGUAGACUGAGGGAUUUUAACGUGAUUGGAUGAAUUCACAGAAGAGAAAUCACUUAAGCUUAGCUGGUGCUCCGGGAAAUAGAGAGUUGGGCAUAGUUCCCAUCCUGUGGAGCUUGCAGUCGGAAAAAUCCUCUACACACCAAGAAUGCUGGCAGAGUAGCAGUUGAUCCACAGUGGGAGCCCAGAGGGGGAAGGAAACAACUAGAAAGCCGUUCCAGAAGUGGCUGUGUGAUAUUUAGAGAGCUGGGUGCCAGCUGCAGCACGCACAGAUUUCCAGAGGUUUCUGUGGAGCGAGGAGAGAGCUGUGGGCUCAGGGUGCUUGAUCGAAGUGGGGCCUCCAGAAGAGUUUGCUCUGUCUACAGAGAAGCAGAGAAGUGCAGUUGGUGAGCAGUGUUAAAAACAGGCCUCACCCAGAUGAACCAGAUGCUCUUCGGUGUCUGAGUCCUCUAAUGAUCUCACAAUGAUACUAUGAUGACUUCCCAGUGCAUGCUGUGACCACAGGGACGAGGUGUCCACCAGAACCUCCCAUGGCAUUUCCAUGACAGCAGCAGACUGGAGGUUUUAUUAAACAUGCCCAGCGAGAAGCAGACUGCAGUGAAAUACUACGUUGGAGUUGACGUGGGCUCAGCCAGCGUUCGCGCGGCUCUGGUGGACGGCUUUGGGACGGUGGUGGCACACGCAGAGCGACCCAUCCAGGUCUGGGAGCCCCGGCCAGACCACUAUGAGCAGUCCUCUGCAGACAUCUGGGCUGCCUGCUGCUCUGUCACCAAGGAAGUUGUCUGUGGAGUGGAUGCCAGCCAGAUCCGAGGGCUCGGGUUUGAUGCUACCUGUUCCCUCGUUGUGGUGGAUAAACAGUUCCAGCCUUUGGCAGUCAACUGUGAAGGACAGAACCAGAGGAAUGUGAUCAUGUGGAUGGAUCAUCGUGCAGCGAGCCAAGUCCAGCGCAUCAAUGCAACCCAGCACAGGGUUCUGAACUACGUAGGGGGAGCCAUGUCUGUGGAAAUGCAGCCACCUAAAUUGCUCUGGAUAAAGGAAAACUUGCCAGAAUCGUGGGAGAAGGUUGGCUACUUCUUUGAUCUUCCGGAUUUCUUAUCUUGGAAAGCCACAGGUGUCACUGCAAGGUCUCUCUGUACAGUAGUGUGCAAGUGGACAUACACGUCAGACAGAGGUUGGGAUGACAGUUUCUGGAAAAUGAUUGGUUUGGAAGAUCUGGUGAAGGAUAAGUACGAAAAAAUAGGAAACCACGUCUUGUCUCCUGGAGAGGCUCUCGGGAAAGGUCUGACAGCAGGCGCUGCGAAAGAGCUCGGUCUCCCCGAAGGGAUUGCAGUGGCAGCGUCUCUCAUUGAUGCACAUGCUGGAGGACUAGGAGUAAUUGGAGCAGAUGUGAAAGGACAUAACCUUCCAUGUGAGAACCAGCCGAUUACAUCCCGAGUCGCUAUGAUCUGUGGAACAUCUUCGUGCCACAUGGGGGUGAGUGAAACCCCCAUUUUUGUGCCUGGCGUUUGGGGACCGUAUUUCUCUGCGAUGGUUCCUGGACUGUGGUUGAAUGAGGGAGGCCAGAGUGCUACAGGAAAACUGAUCGAUCACGUGGUGCGAGGCCACGUCGCCUUCCCGGAAUUAGAGGCAAAAGCUGCAGCCAGUGCUCACAGUAUAUAUACAUACUUGAACAGUCACCUGGAUCUGAUUAAGAAAUCUUUGCCUGUGGGUUUCCUCACUGUUGAUUUACAUGUUUGGCCAGAUUUCCAUGGUAACAGAUCUCCCUUAACAGAUCUGACACUAAAGGGCAUGGUUGUUGGACUGACAUUGUCUCGGGGUCUGGAUGAACUUGCCCUUAUCUACCUGGCCACCAUCCAAGCCAUUGCUUUAGGAACAAGACAUAUUUUGGAGGUGAUGCAGGCUGCAGGACAUGACAUCACCACGCUGUUCCUGUGUGGGGGGCUGAGCAAGAACCCUCUCUUUGUGCAGAUGCACGCUGACAUUACUGGCAAACCUGUUGUGCUGUCCAAAGAAGUGGAGUCUGUUUUGGUGGGUGCUGCUAUUCUUGGAGCUUGUGCUUCUGGGGAUUUUGCAUCUAUUCAGGAGGCCAUGGCGAAAAUGGGGAAAAUCGGGAGAGUCGUGCAGCCCAACCACGAGCAUAAAAGAUUUUAUGACAAGAAAUAUGAAGUAUUUUUGAAGCUUGUGGAGCAUCAGAGAGAGUAUCGCUCCAUCAUGAACAGCUUGUGAUCCAGAGGCAUGGAAUCUGGGAACAGCAGGGAUAACAAAUUUCCAGGCAUGUGUGAUGCGGGUAAUUUCUUCUUACUGUACCAUCCAUGUUAAAAAUACACUUUUAUCAUUAAAAUAUACAUUUUAAUUUUUAAUGAGAAAUAAAGUGCAGUCACUUUACUGUGAAGCACUGGGUAUUUUCUGUCAAUAACCCCUGCACACUGGGACAAGGAAUAUUCAUUUGUUCCUGUCAGAGAACGCAAGACAACCAGUUGCAGGUACCUCAGUGCCAGUAUUUGGACUGGCAGGAAC